UCUGUGCACCAAAGCUAAAGCAUUUAAAGAGAGAUACAGAGAAAGAGAGAGGAAGGGAGAGAGAUACAGGUUUAUCAUAAUAAAAAACAAAAAAGGAAAAAAGAGAGGGAGAGAUAAGAGAAAAAAAUUUGGAAAAAAAAAAAAAAAAUGAAGGAGAUUGAGAUUGUUGGAGGAUGGAGACCACUUUUUGUGCUAUUUGGUUCUUCAAUUGUACAGCAAAGUUAUGGUAACCAAGGAUGGGGAGCUGUUCUCACUGAUCUCUAUGCUCGCAAGGCGGACAUAUUGUUGAGAGGAUAUUCCAGCUGGAACUCAAGACGAGCAGUAGAGGUUCUGGAUAAGCUUUUUCCAAAGGGAGCAGAAAGACAACCUUCAUUGGUGAUUGUCUAUUUUGGUGGAAACGAUUCAAUCCAUCCCCACCCAUCUGGAAUGGGUCCUCAUGUACCUCUUCCAGAAUAUACAGACAACAUGAGGAAAAUUGCUUCCCAUCUCAAGAGCCUUUCAGACAAAACUCGUGUUAUCUUCCUCAGUUCACCUCCUGUUAACGAGGACAAAAUCCGUGCAACUUGGAGUUCGAAAUUAGCGCCGGUGGAGCGGACAAAUGAGUCUUGCAGAAUAUACUCAGAAGCAUGUAUUGAAGUCUGCAGAGAGAUGGAAGUGGAGUGUAUUGAUCUCUGGUCUGCACUUCAGAGCAGAGACGAUUGGUUGACUGCUUGCUUCACGGAUGGAAUUCAUCUAUCAGCUGAGGGGAGUAAAAUAGUGGCGAAAGAAAUACUGAGGAUACUGAGAGAGGCAGAUUGGAAACCAAGUCUUCACUGGACGACAUUGCCAACUGAGUUUGGAGAAGAUUCACCUUAUGACUUGGUGAGUGCCGAUGGGAAAAAAACUGUGAAUGUUGCGGAAGCAAGUAUGUACAGAAAUCUGAAAUGGGAAAUGAGCAAUGACUAUUAAUCAAGAUCUCAGAUUUUGGAUAUUUCCAUCAUGGAUGAUGAUGAUGAAGAAGGGACUGGAAGACCAAAAUUAUAGCUACUUGGUUGUUGUAUAUGGAAUAAUAAGCUUACGUUUUGGUCAAAAAUUUUGAUGAUGAAGCUAUUUACGGUGUAUUUUUAUUUUAUUUUAUUUUACUAUUAUUUUUUUUUUCACUCCUGUCCCUUCAGGAAUGAUUUUCAAGUAAAUGUUUUUGGAACUCUGUUUCCAGGGAGAAAAAAAAAAAAAAAAAAAAGAAGAAGAAGAAGAAGAAAGAAAUGAUGCAUUUGCUUGCUGAAAUGAGUGAAUUUGUUUUUUCUAUUCGCUUUUAUUGUAAUAAUAAAAUGUAUAUAAUUUUAUUCAAAAUGAAUUUUAUAUUUUCCGA